AUGGAUUUAUCCAAAUUAUCCAGCGAUCUCCCUCCAACAAAGUCCUUGGAACAAAUAUCUGUUUCCACCGUCAAUAAGGAACUCACCGACGAAUUCAAGAACGCAGCUAAAUCGGUUGCUUCACUUUACAAUGCUUCAGGAAAUGGCGCCGAAAAGCACGCAAAAGCGGAAUUCGCCAAUGCUGCAAAGUCGGUGGCCUCUCUUUACCGUCUAGCGAGUAAUUCCAAUACGCUUUUGAUGGAUAAAGGCUACUUGGAGUGCUUGGACGACCUCUUAGAGGUGAUUGCCAAUAACGAUGACAUCGAGAACUGGGCCUUGACAAGACGAGCCGAGGUCACUAACCACUACAAAAAGGACCGUGACCACGUAUCUGCAUCGUCGGAUCCAGUGGACACUGUAGAUGCUGCUGACUCUGCUGUUCCGGAAAGUGCCGAUGUGGUUUUACCUACUGAAUAUGAGUUCAUGGCGCCACAGGAGCUCAACUCGAACAUGCGCUUCCGCCCAUCACUUGCUCCGUUUUCUGUAAACUACAAGCGGCCCAAAAAGGUUGAUCGGACCAAAAGAUCGCUUGCGCAGUCUCAAGAGAACAGUGGCUCAUCUGAUGUGGAGAGCGAUGUGGCUGAAUCGGAAGACGUAGAGAUGAAAAAGAGAAGAGCGUUCCAGAGUCUCCACGACGUUACAAAGAGACGUCGGAGAGAACCUCCCAGUGAUAAUGACUAA